AGCUAGUUAGCAGAUGUUAGCAGAAGUACUGAUAGCCAAACACUAGCCACAAAGCUAGUUAGCUAGCUAGGUUUGAUUCUGCUAACGCCUACGACUGGUUGUAGACUGAAGACCUGCACAUUCAACAACGUGAAUACAUGUGCUUGAUAGUUAAUGAUAAUAUCUUCUCUCCAAUUGUUCGGACAGUUAACUGUUAUGCGAGCAACGCUAGUAACGUUAACGACUGUUACGUUACUGACAACUAGCAGGAUAACUUUCUUGCAUACUUUAUUUAUAUGGAGAAGAUCUGCGAGUUGAAGCGGCCAAAUGUUGGAUCGUUUGUGGACAGAAAAAGUCCUUUCCAGAGAUGGAAACUAACUAAGUACAUGAACAUAAUUACUACAUUUAAAUGGGCUACAUUUUACGGUCAUCAUCAUGGGUGAACCACAGCAGGUUAGUGCCCUUCCUCCUCCGCCUAUGCAGUACAUCAAAGAGUACACAGAUGAAAACAUACGCAAGGGUCUGGCUCCUAAGCCACCUCCACCCAUCAGAGACAGCUACAUGAUGUUUGGCAACCAGUUCCAGUGUGAUGACCUCAUUAUCCGGCCACUGGAGAGCCAAGGCAUCGAGAGGCUCCAUCCUAUGCAGUUUGAUCACAAACGGGAGCUUAAGAAGCUCAAUAUGUCCAUUCUUGUGAACUUUCUGGACCUGCUGGACAUCCUUAUUAAGAGCCCGGGCAGUAUAAAGCGUGAGGAGAAGCUGGAGGACUUGAAGCUUCUGUUUGUUCAUAUGCACCACCUGAUAAAUGAGUACAGGCCACAUCAAGCUAGGGAGACACUGAGGGUGAUGAUGGAGGUGCAGAAGAGACAGAGGCUAGAGACAGCCGAGAGGUUCCAGAAACAUCUGGAGAGGGUGGUGGAGAUGAUCCAAGGGUGCCUCGCCUCCUUACCUGAUGACUUACCACAGACAGAGGGCCUGGAUGGUACUGGUGAUGGACCAAGGAGUGUGUCUGCAGAAGCUAGUGUUGGUUUUUCCUCUGGGCAGGCCCCCAGGCUGAACACAGAACCAAUGGAUGUAGAAGAAGCAGGUGCCAGCUGUAUGGCAGCAGGUCAUCAGGACAAGAGUGUCCCUGCUUCAAAGAGGGACAAAAUGUGGGACAAGGAUGCUGCCAUGUGCAGUGUUAUUGAUGAAAUUGCUUAAGUUUUCCGUUAAGUAGUCGUCUCUUUUUUUGUACACCAAAACUGUGUUUGUUUGUUUUUGUAUGCUGUACGUAGAGUUAAAGUAUGGAAAUGUGUGCUGUGUUUUCACUGGGCCUGAAAUCCUAACUGGAGUUGAAUGGUGUUUUAUUUAAAAGCCAUUAUGUAGAUAUUAUUAAGUUCCUGUGAAGAUAUUUGAGGAAUGUAAAUAUUACACAGAUCAAUUGGGGUGAAAACUUUCAGUUUUUGUAAUAAAACCAAUAAAGAAAUUCCAAUUGCAGUAU